AUGGCGGAAUCACUGUUCACCUUCUCCUCCACUUCAAGAAGAGUUGUCCCAGGUCCAACAUCUCCUCCUCUUCCCAUAUACAUCAAAGCCACAAACGUAGUUUUCAACCCUGAUAUUCCAGAUGUUCAUCGAGGUCUAGGACUUGAUGAUUUUGUCAAUUUCUUAGUCUCCUGCCAACUCCGAUACACAAUCAGUGACGUUCCAUCAGAGUUCUUUCCCGAACAAGUAUGUGAGUUCUACUACACUGCAACGAUUAAUGAUGAAAACAACGUCAUCUAUGGGACUAUUGGCCGUGGAAGACACUCAAUCUUUAUUACCGCUGACCUCCUCAGUGCUGCGCUCAGGUUACCAAUCUUUGAACCUUUCUCUGAGCUUCCACCUAUUGAACAUUGUCGACGCCUCUUUGAUCAACUGGGAUAUGAUCACUCAAAGGCUGGUACUCGAUCAGCUCUCAUUCUGCAUCAAUGUAUGACUCCAGGAUGGAAGUUCUUCACCAGUGCUCUGUGCAAAUGUGUGGGUCACAAAUCUCGCAGUGGUAAUCAACUGAGCACUUAUGAGCAACAAGUCAUCUGUUCCCUUCUUCUCAACAAACGAAUUGAUUAUGGGGCUUUCUUCUUUGAUCAGCUUGUCCAACUUCUUCGUGCAAAUGUACGCGCUGAUCAUAUCCCCUUUCCACGCUGGAUUGCUCUUGUGCUAGAUAAAUUUUUCGCUGAAGCUUACUACUCCCACUCUGGAAACCCCAUCCAAUGCCCACGCAUGUCAGUGCGAAUGUAUAAGGAUGAUCCAUUGGAAACUGGCGUCGGCAUCUCAGAUCGGAUGAGAGAAUGGAUCGCAAAUCCAUAUACUGUUCCUUCACUAACCGCUGAUACUGAUGAAGGAGCUGAUGGUAAAAACGAAGAUCAUGCUGAUCAGGAAGCUGAAUCACAGGAUGGUGGUCAUCUCUCCCCUCAACUUUCUUAUCAUACUCUCUCUGUCAGUGAGAGAGUUCACUCAGCUCAAGGGGAGCCACUAAUUCAGGGGGAGCAACCAUCCCAAGGGGAGCACCCAUCGCAGGGGGAGCAACAUCGCUCUCAAGAAGUUCCAGGUACUCAAUUCCUUCAUAUUCUGGCCUCAGCAUUUAAUGAGCUUAUGACAUUGACUCGGGACAUGAGUUAG